AUGGCAUUGUUAUCUGCCAUCCUGGAGACCUCUCCUACCAGACUGGUACUCAUUGUCACUGUUGGAAUUCUCUUGAGCGUGAUCGUCCGAAGCUUUCUCAGGGAAAAGAAAACCAUUCCCAAAGGUGCAAAGCCGCUACCAGGUCCCAAAGGCUGGCCAAUUGUGGGCAAUGCAUUCUCGAUCCCAAACUCACACGCAUGGUUGAAGUUCAAAGAAUGGGGUGACGAAUACGGGCCGAUAUACCAGCUCCAAGCCUUUGGCACGACGUUGGUGGUUAUCUCGAAGGAAUCCAUCGCCAAUGAUCUUCUCAGUCUCCGUGGAGCAAUCUACUCGGAUCGACCGCCGCUGAUCAUGCCCGGCCUGAUUUCCGACAAUGGAUUUCUCGGUGCCGCGCGUUGGGAUUCUUACUGGCGACGGGCUCGAAAGUUUACGCAGUCGAUGCUGAGCACGAGUAACAUCCAGCAAUCGAUACCAAAGCAGACGACGGAGGCGAGACAGAUGGUGGUCGAUCUGAUGAAAGACCCUGACGAAUAUACGUAUUGGCUUGAACGCGCCGGUGUCAUGGUUUCCAUCAAGCAGAUAUAUGGGCUUGAUGAGGAACGUGGACCGGUGGAGAAGAAGCAUGUCCACGGAAUAUGCGGCUUCAUGGAGAAUAUCGAACGAGUUGCUAUUCCUGGUGCCUAUCUGGUGGAGUUCAUUCCUGGGCUCCUUCAUCUGCCUACCUGGCUCGCUCCAUUCAAGAAGGAAGCAAAGCAGCUGGUGAAACAGCACUGGGAUUACCUCGCGCCCUUGGUGCAGACACAAUCCACCAAAUCUAAGACCAACCAUCCAGAACAGCCUGAGAGUUUCUCUCAAAGAUUCUUGAACAACAAGAAAGAUUGGAAUCUCGACGACCGUGAGAUCGUUUGGGCUCUCGCAAGCAUCUAUGGUGGUGCGGCGGGUACUUCUUCAACUGCAAUGCAGUCACUCAUCUUGAACAUGUGCCUAUUCCCAGACUGGCAGAAGCGAGUACAGGAUGAGAUAGAACGAGUCGUGGGCAAUGAGCGACUGCCUGAGUUCAACGACUCCAGCAGUUUGCCCACGGUCAGGGCAGUGAUCAAGGAAACCAUGAGGUGGAGGCCUGUUCUUUCUGGAGGAUUUCCACAUUCCGUAACCAAAGACGACGUGUACGAAGGAUACCAUAUCCCCAAAGGGGCAGUAAUCAUGCCGAACCAAUGGUCGAUUCUGCGCGACGAGGAACAAUAUCAGGACGCCGACUCCUUCAAGCCCGAGCGAUGGCUUGAACCAUCAUACUUGACCUACCAAGAACCAUUAACAGAGUAUCCGAACUUGAAGCGAUUUGUCGCCUUCGGCCACGGCCGUCGGAUCUGUCCCGGUCUGGAAGUCACGGAGAAGGCACUGUUCCUCCAGUUCUCAAGCCUGCUCUGGGCGUGUAACAUCAACCGAGCGAGGGAUUCAGCUGGCAAGGAGGUUGACAUUCCGUUCUAUGAUUACACGGGCGUGUCAAUCUCCACGCCGCGGAAAUUUCGAUUCGCUGUGGAAGAGCGGGAGGCGGGACGCUUGAAGCUCAUGGAGGAAGCGGCUUUGAAGGACCAUAGAGCUGAGCUUGCCGCCUCUAAAAGUUCCUGA